GGCAUUGCAAGAGUUCUGGAGAAGAUGUUGGUGUUAAAUUGUUCUGCCAAGUUGAUGAUACUGGAGAAGAUGUUGAAGAGUCAUUUUCCUGAGUCACUCAAGGUGUUUGGAGCAGUGAUGAACAUAAACCGUGGGAAUCCCUUUCAAAAGGAAGUGGUGCUGGAUUCAUGGCCAGAUUUCAAGGUUGUCAUCACUCGGAGACGGAAAGAGGCUGAGGCGGAUAAUCUUGACCAUUAUACUAACGCCUACGCUGUGUUCUACAAGGAUGCCAUGGCUUACCGACAGCUCAUAGAAGAUCAUGACGUUAUUAAUUGGGACCAAGUUUUUCAGAUACAAGGGCUUCAAAAUGAAUUAUAUGAUGUUUCUAAGGCUGUUGCUGACUCAAAGCAGUUGGCUACAAAGCUAACUUCCUUUAUGGCUGUCCAUUUUUCUCCUGUUUCAUCUCUGCCAGACACCCAUUUUCUAACAGAUUCUCCCCCACGACUAACCUACCUGAGUGUUGCUGAUGCUGAUCUGCUCAACCGUACUUGGUCAAGGGGUGGCAAUGAGCAAUGUCUCCGGUACAUUGCCAACCUCAUUUCCUGCUUCCCCAGUGUGUGUGUCCGUGAUGACAAAGGAAACCCAGUCUCCUGGGCCCUCACAGACCAGUUUGCCACCAUGUGCCACGGCUAUACCCUCCCUGAUCAUCGUAGGAAAGGUUACAGCAGGCUGGUGGCCCUCACGCUAGCCAGGAAAUUGCAAAGCCGGGGAUUCCCUUCUCAGGGAAAUGUCCUGGAUGACAACAAGGCAUCAAUAAGCCUCCUAAACAGUGUUGGCGCUGAGUUCUUGCCCUGUCGUUUUCAUAGGCUUAUUCUUACCCCUGCAGCUUUCUCUGGUCUAACUCAGUGAAACUUCA